GCAAAGCAUGGCAGAAUUCCUUAAAGAUCCAACUACUCUAACAAAGGAAAAGCUGAAGAAUGAACUGAGGGCAAAUGAUGUUCCUCUUCCCAGUGGUGACCAAAAGAAAGAUGUCUAUGUUCAACUUUACCUUAAACAUCUGACUGUAUUGAACGAGAAGACAAAUCCUUCUCCUGACACCUUUUCCAGUGAUGAAGAAAUCGUGCCGGUGGUCUCUAACAAAAGUCGUUCAGGAAAGAAGGCUAUAAAAAAGACGGAUAAGAAUCGGAAAGAGGAGGUGGAUGUUGAGAGUCUGACAGACAGUGAUUUAAAGGAUGAAUUGCUGAAGCAUGGCAUUAAUUCAGGUCCUAUAGUUGCGUCGACUCGUAAACUUUACGAGAAAAGACUACAGAAACUGCUGGAUCAGCCUACGUCAGUGUCCACUCAACCUGAACCUGAGACUGCAGUUCCAGAGACAGUCACGCUGACAGCAGGAGGCAGUCAGAAUGGCAACACGCACUCAGUGGAGAAUCAGUACAGUGAUAAGGAGGAAGAAAUAGAGACAGUUCCAGUAUCGACAAAGCCAGUUAGAAGCAGAGGGAUAACACCAGUGACCACCAGGACAAGCAGCAGACAUCACAUUAAGCAGGUAGAGGAGAGGGCAGCUGAUGGCAGGGGAGUAUCUCUGGACAAAGGUGACAUAUUAAAGGAAAUGUUUCCUAAUGAGCCUUCUACACCUACAGGAAUUAUUGCUUCUUGUCGACGUCCUAUUCGUGGGGCAGCUGAGCGUCCAGUAAAACCGCUGGACCUCUGGUCAGAGGAGUCUCUCCUGCGGCAGCGUGUACUUACCUCCACCACUGCUGCCACCACCAAAACAUCACUCUCGCAGAGUUACAGUGCUCCAGCACCUGCCCCCCGUCCAUCCCGUUGCUCCUUCUCUUUCUGGCUCAAACUGCUGGUGUUCCUUGCUCUAGUGGCCCUCCUGUACUAUGCCUAUCAGAAUGUGAGCAGCAAGCAGAUUGAUUCCUGCAUUCUCUUUCUACAGGACAGUGUGAUUACACCGCUUCUUACUCUGAUUGGUGUUAUUGGGCACAAAGAUAAUGCUGGGAGCAAAUAAGCCAGUUCCAUCAGUGUGUGUGCUCUUGCUGUUUAUUUUGUCAGACUUGAGUUACAUCCCCAUCUGAAUGAUUGGAGGAUCAACAUAAU